CUUGUCGUUUUGUUGAUAUCCAUUAUCCAAAACGAUCAAUUUUAAGUACAAACGACACAUGGAACUGCCUAGCUGAGCUCAAAUUUUUAAUUUCUUUUUGUUUUUCAAAACUCUCAUUCUUUUAUUUCGCAAUUUGUUGCAAUUUCGCUCCUUGAAUCUCACUGUUUCACACUUUCACCUCAUCUCGGAAUAUUCGCAGAAAGUAGGAAUCUUCUCUCCCCGUUUGUUCAAAUUACCGAAAUUCCGAUUGUUGCUGUGUUUCCAAUCUGAUCUGAGUGCCCAUGGCGCGGAGGUUUGAUCUCGAAAGAUGGUAGAAUUGGAGAUGGUGGAAGUUAGUGCAAUGCAAUAAUAGUUCAGGGAUAUUAUUGGGGUGUCUCCAAUUGGGGAUUUUUUUUUUAGGAUUCAGGGUUUGGAGUUCAGUAAUAAUGUUCUAUGGUGCGGUGGUGUGGGAUCCUUGGCUCAUUCUUGCUCAGAUUGUAUGCUUUCAAUGCUUGUACUACGUCACUCUCGGCUUCUUCUUGGCCAUUCUCGUUGGAACUCGCGUCUCAAGAAUGACCCUCGUUUAUUUCUUCGAUUUCGUUACAGUCACUACCUCCACCUUCACCGGUUGGUGUGUCAUUGCCUCCUUUAUCCUCACCUCAAUUUCAGGGGCAGUGUAUAUGCUUUAUGUGAUUGAAAGGGCAAAGAAAUGCUUGGAUUUUUCGGUUACACUCUACAUAGUUCAUAGCUUUAUAUGCAUUGUGUAUGGUGGCUGGCCUUCUUCCAUAACUUGGUGGAUUGUGAAUGGUAUUGGAAUUGCAAUGAUGGCUCUGCUAGGGGAAUAUCUCUGCAUCAGGCGCGAACUUCGCGAGAUACCAAUAACACGAUAUCGUUCGAAUGCUUGAUUGGCAUAUGUAACUUCAGCAUUGAAGUCAAGAGAGAGCAUUGUCUUGCUGGUUGUUAAGACCCUUUGGUAAGUUCUCAAUCUGUUCAAGAAAGAGAAUGACAGAGUUAUUAGGAGCAGCCCUUAGUAUUUAUGCAUUUGUUCUGUAUUUGGGAAACAAAUGAAAGAUCAUGAAUGGUUUCUUACAAUUGCAAUUUGAUGAGCCUUGUCUCUCAGAAGAAAGACUAGAAUAGUUGACAGAAUAACUGUUGUCAAGGGAGCAGCUGCUGAAACCCAAAAUAGUUUUGGUUUCCUCAAGCUCUGCAGAAAUUAUUGAGAAUUUUCAGAACUUAAAGAGGUAAAUGAAUUGCAAAAGAAAACAAUAGUUGUAUAUAGUUGUCCCCACGAACUUUUGGAUAUGUUUAAAAUUUUGGAAAUAUAGGUCAAUUUUGUGUCAUAUAAGUUUAGUUGUUUUUUGUCUUUUUGAUAAACUUUUAAAUGUUUUGCU